AAACCCAGGGUAAAAUCUUCAAGCAGCACACAAGAAUGGCUUCUUCAGGAAUUUUCUUCUUUGUUCUUUUUGUUCUCUAUGCUUCUACAGUCGCUGCCCAAAACGUGCAUUUUGGUUAUGGAGUUUAUCUUCCCACCACGGAUCUGGGAUCUCCGUUGAGGACCCUGAGGCCUAUUUUCAACGAGAGAGCUAACGACUUCUUGCUGACCGAGAAAUAUACCUCUGUGACAAACAACCAUGCCCACACUAGUAACAACGAAGAGCUCUACAGAUCAUUUGGAGUUACGUUUGCGAUGAACGUUCCUAUAAAAGUUCUGCAGCUUAACAUCGAGGCAUCGUUCAACAAGAUCACGGGGAGCAAGACAAGCGUCAAGACCACCUCCGUGUUUGUGGAGUCAUACAACCAGAGGAUCUACCUCCGGAACCAUGCAAGGACCGUCCAAACCCUCCCACUCAACUCUGAUUUCCUCAGUGACUUGCGCAAACUUCCCGAGCCACCCAACUCCGACAGCGCUUGGGGGCCAUACCGAUCCUUCUUGAACAAGUGGGGAACACACUACGUGUCCGAGACGUUCCACGGCUCAUGGCUGCGCCAGUGGACCGUGGCCUCCUCCACGGCGACGUUCACCCAGCGCCAAAUGCAGGCCAAAGCCUGUGCCAAGCUCACCGGCCUCAAGGGAGUCCUCCCCAACUUGGAGGGCUGCGCGGGGAUCACUCUUGACGACAUGCGCGCCGCGGAGAGGAUCGACACGCAAGACACUCGAGAGGCCCGGGGUGGAUCCUCCGCCACCGUCUCGCAGCUGCUCUCGGGUAACAUAACCAACGAUCUCAUCCGGAAGUUCAUCGAGGAGGGAGCCACGAGCAAGGAAGCAGUACGCUACGGCUUCGUUCCAGUGUGGGUGCCCGUCUUGUCUCAGUACAUGUCGUCCGCGUCCAAGGAGUGGAGAGUGGCGACGGCGCUCCAGGCUUACUAUGAAGGCUUCCUCGCCUUCAAGUGUCCCCUGGAGCGGCUCAACACACCCGCGACUGUCAUGCAGCAGUUUCGAAGGCACAGCAAUGGCAAGUAUCAGUGCGUUCGCCAGUGCCAGGGCUGCAGGCUUGACAAGGAUUGCAACCUUAGUGGUGCAUCUGGAUGCUAUUGCUACGGUAACUCGUGCAUCAACGCUCUGGGACCGGAUGGCCGGGCUCAGGUUCAGCCGAAGAAGGAUAACCUCGACCGUAAUGUGCUGCCUAACAGGUCGUGUGAGUACAACUUUCCUCAGUGCCGCUGCAACACCAAAUCCAAAGAGCCGAACUGUGGUGCUGACAACAUGAUUCCGAUAUGGGACCAGGGUCAGAACAGCAUUGCGAUCGAUUCAAACAUCCUUCUUUAUGACGAAGAAUGAGCCAGACAUGAUUGUGAGUUUGUUGUUUGUGAUUUGCAUUGCAUUACGUCUCUACAAUAACAUGCAUCUCUAUGUGGUUGUGUGUGGUUUGUAUUUAACAGUCCUGUGUUUUCAAAAAGAAUAAAUAAAAAGACGUUAAGUUAUACAA